AUGAACGGGGUAGAUAGAAAGAUAGAGAGAGAAGUAGACACACCCCUCUUCUCCUCUGCUUCAGUUCACAGCCUCAAGAAUCGUGAAAAAAAUUUACUAAUUUGGAAAAACGGAAUCGACGAGCCAAUCAAUAGUGAUGUUUGAGGACUAACUGUUUUCUAAAAUUUCACUCAUUUUAAGCUCUGAAUCUCUACAAAAUCCCAUCAUUUUCCUUUUUUUUUUUUUUUGUGUGGUUAUGGAUGCAUUCGACAUGGUUUCCUUUACCACAGGGCUGCGCAAAGGGUUUGGGUGAUCCACAUUCAAUACUACGACUUCAGUUGUUCAAUCAAGAUAUUUCUUUCCUUAUCUCUUUUAAGUGUAGAUGGUAGAGCCAUUUUCUGUUUAUCUGAAACACUAGAGUGAAGCUAAAAUACAAUGUACUUGUCGGGAAAGGGACCUUCUGGCGACAAAAAUCUUGGUUCUUCAAAACUAACUUUGAACCCCAACGCCACAGAAUUUGUUCCAUUUUUUCUAAGGUCGCCUGUAGCUGGCUCUAACGGUGCUGAGGCAUCCUCAAAAUUUGUUACCUCCGCAGCUCCUGGCCCGGGGAAAGGAAUAUUAGACAGAGUAGAGUCGUCAGCCUCAAAUGACUCUGAUGAGGAAGCUCAGCAAUACUGGCGCAAUCAGCUCCCUGAUGAUAUUACUCCCGACUUUAAGGUCAUGGGUAUCGAUGAUAAUCAAGGGGCCAAUAGCUUAUCAUUUUCAAGCCUAUCUUUGACUGAUGACAACGAAAGUUCAAGAUUUUCUUCUUCAAUAGGUAGUGGUUUUAUGUUGAAGGAACAACAAGGGUUAUCUCUUCACCCUGUAAAUGGAAACAAUCAUACUGAACAGCUGAGAUAUCCAGUCUCUUCCUAUGGGGAAUACCUGUCGCCUACAAGUUAUCAUUCAUCACUCUCUAAGCCUUGGGACCAACAGAUUGUCAGCAACGAUCAACUUGUUCCAAGAGAAGGAACUGAUGUUGGGAAUCCAAGACAUGGUCUUCUAGCUGACAUGUCAAGUGAGCAAUUAAUGCUGGAUAGUUCAGAUGUGAGCCCUCUAGAGUUCCUAGCUUCACAAUUCCCUGGUUUCGCAGCUGAAAGUCUCACAGAGGUUUAUUUUGCAAACGGAGGCGAUCUAAACCUGACAAUUGAGAUGCUGACUCAGCUUGAGCUUCAGGUUGAUGGUGGCUUGAAUCAGACCAUGCCUUCAAAAACUGUAUCUGCACCAAAUCUUAAUUCGAUGGAUUUUCCUGCACUCUCUGUGAUCGAUAGUCAAACCGAGUUAGUUAUUCCCCAAAAUGGCAGUGCCUAUCGCUCUCCAGAAAAGCUAGGCUCGUUGCUGUUCAGAUCCAAUUCCUUUGUUCCAUCAAGGGGUGCUACUGAUUUUGCUUCGGCUGUCAGGAAAAUGGUACCUCAAGAUUCAAGCAUGUGGAAAUAUGAGAAAAAUGGCUCUUCAGAUGCAAGCAUUGGAUCAAGCCGAAGUUCCCAAGUACUAGCAAGCUCAUACAACAGUGGUCAGGGGAGGGGCAUCUAUGGUGAUAGGUUCCAAAGCCGAGGAUCAGCUCGCUCAUCUCCUGUCUGGCUUGAAACUGGAGAUGCAGUCGCAAAUAUAUACUCUGAAAUGCGGGGGGAAGCUCGUGAUCAUGCACGCGUGCGCAAUGUAUACUUUGAGCAGGCACGGCAAGCGUACCUCGUUGGUAACAAGGCCUUAGCCAAGGAGUUGAGCAUUAAGGGACAGCUGCACAAUAUGCACAUGAAAGCAGCUCACGGGAAGGCACAAGAAAGCAUUUUUCGCCAGAGGAAUUCAGACAUUCAAACAAACGGGAGGGAACAGAUGAUUGAUCUGCACGGUCUACACGUGAGUGAAGCUAUUCAUGUCCUCAAGCGUGAACUGGCGGUGAUGAAGAACGCAGCAAGAUCGAUGGAUCAAAGACUGCUUGUCUACAUAUGCGUAGGGACUGGUCACCACACAAGGGGGGCUCGCACGCCUGCUAGACUCCCGACUGCGGUUCAGCGCUACUUGCUGGAGGAGGAGGGCCUCGAUUAUUCAGAGCCGCAGCCAGGACUCCUCCGAGUUGUUAUAUACUGAAACGGGGAGGUAUAGGAUAUUUUUGACACUGCAUUUCUCAGAAAAUCUAUCCAUCCAUCUGGAGGGAAAAAGAAAGAAAAAUAUGGAAAUCUGUUGUAUCUGUAAAUGGGGAAAAAUUGGUAGUAUACUUUCGCAGAAGAUAGAAAAGAAAAUGCGUAAAAAAAAAAGAAGGGAAGGAUGAGGAAAGCAGACAUCUGUAAGAUAACUGUGUAGUUGGCCGAAACGUAGAAGGAUGUUUUUGUAGUUGUCAGUCAACUUUGAUCGGCCACAUUUUGUUGUUUUGGUUUUAUUACGUGUACAUUUUUUGGUUUAAAUAUGCAGAUGUACUAGAAUAGUAGAAUUGUUUCUCAAAUUUCUCCAAUCAUCACCAAUCUCUCCUCUUUGCCCA